AUGGUUCUUAAUGCAAGAGCUCUGGUUUUGCUCCACAUUCUUGUCUGGUCAUUGCCAGAUACAUUUAGCCAGAGUUCUGGUAUCCUGAGCGAUAUCUCUUGCUUGAAAUCUAUUAGAGAUUCCUUGGAAGACCCUCUCAAUCACAUUGCCACUUCUUGGACCUUCAACAGCUCCACAGAAGAUUCUAUCUGUUGGUAUGUUGGGGUCAUUUGUGAGUACACAUUUGAGAAUAGGGUUCGAGAUGUACAACUGGCCAACAUGGGGCUCAGGGGCAAGUUCCCUACUGGCCUUGUGGACUGCAGCGAACUUAUAAGCUUAGACCUUUCAGGUAAUGUAAUUUCAGGAUCAAUCCCACAUGAUAUCAAUGAAAUACUGCCGAAUUUAGAAGUGCUCAAGCUCUCAAACAAUAACUUUUCUGGAGAAAUCCCAUCGAGUAUGGGUAAUUGCUCUAAUCUGGAGGUUCUUAAACUCGACAACAACAGGCUAUCUGGUCAAAUUCCUCAGCAACUCAGCGAGCUCCACAUGCUUAGAAUUUUUAGUGUUGCUAACAAUUUGUUGUCAGGGCCAGUGCCAGACUUUAGAUUUGUCAGCACCGAUACAAUAAGGCCUGAGAGCUACGAAAAUAAUAGCGGACUUUGUGGGGAGCCUCUGGAUGGCUGUAAGCAUAGAUGGGCCUUCUUUGAAGUUUCUUUCAGAAGUGGGUUUGUAGUUGGAUUUUUGGUUUUCACCUUUUCGUAUACAGCUUUUUUUACGUACUAUUUUAAUCUUUGGGGGCGAUCAAAAAAGAGGAAACAAAUGAUGCCAACAAAGACCACAGUUUUGAAGGAGUGCAGGAAGAACAAGGAUAAACAAAUUGAUCAAUUCAUCCAAUUGCCAACCAAGGCCCUCUAUAAAGAAGAAAGCAUACAGGUCUCCAAGUUGGUGAGAAUGAUUCCUAGAAUGAGCCUUGCAGAGCUUAGUGAGGCAACUGCCAAUUUCAACACAGACAAUGUCAUUGGAUUGGGAAAGAUCGGAAUGAUGUACAAGGGAGUGCUUUCAAAUGGUUUGCCCCAUGCGAUUAAGAGAUUACAUGAUUCUCAAUCUUUAGAGAAACAAUUUGUGUCUGAGCUUUUGGCACUAGGUAGAUUGAAACACAAUAACAUUGUUCCCCUGUUAGGAUACUGUAAAGAAAGGAAGGAAAAGCUUUUGGUGUACAAAUAUAUAUCGAAUGGUAGCCUUUAUGAUUGGCUACAUGCAGCGAAAGGCAAGAAUAAGAUCCUGGAAUGGCCUUCGAGGAUUAAAAUUGCUAUGGGGAUAGCGAGAGGCCUAGUAUUGCUUCACCAUGAGUGCAAUUUCCGAGUGGUCCAUCUUAACUUGAGUUCAAACUCUAUCUUACUUGAUCAGAAUUUUGAACCCAAGAUGUCGAAUUUUGGUGGGUCAAUAAUAUCGAAUUUUGGUGGGGAAAUGUUCAAGAACUCAAGAAACAAUAACAUUUUUAUAGGUAGUGAUGUUUGGGAGUUGGGGUAUGUAAAAAAGGAUGUCUACGACUUUGGAAUUUUGCUUCUUGAGCUAAUUAUAGGGAAGGAAUCCAUUGAAAUUAAUAAUUAUGCCAACAAUUCGAAUGGGAGUUUGGUUGAUUGGAUUGCUCAUCUUUUGACUAGCUCUUCUGAUUUCUACAAUGUAAUUGAUGAAUCUUUGAUUGGCAGAGGAUUUGAAGAUGAAAUCUUUGAAUUACUUAGAAUUGCAUAUACUUGUCUUAAGCUCUUUCCUAGUCAAAGGCCGACCACUCUUGAACUAUACAACACAAUACGUAUUUUUGGGGAGAAAUAUUGCCUCACAAGAGACUCUGAGAUAUUGAGGCAAUCUGAAAUUGCCACUGCAAGUACCCUUUGUGAAAUUGUAGAGGCUGAAAUUACAUAG